AUGCUCUCUUCCAACAUGCCUUGUGUCAGCCUGGAAAAGCAGGCUCAUAAAAUUAACAUGAGAAUAAUAUCUCAUGUAGAUGCACAGUCUGCAAUAAGCGGAUAUAAGUUGAUUUUUCCAAAUAAAAUUUUCACUCUGUCUCGGUCGGUCUAUCUAUCUAUCUAUCUAUCUAUCUAUCUAUCUAUCUAUCUAUCUAUCUAUCUAUCUAUCUAUCUCUUCUCUCUCUUUCUCUCUAUCUCUCUUUCUAUCUCUCUUUACACUUUCUUUAUCCCUAUCCUCUCUCUAUUUCUCUAUCAUUCCUACAUUUCUGUUUCUUAUCUAUCUAUCUAUCUAUCUAUCUAUCUAUCUAUCUAUCUAUGCCUAUUUCUUUCUUUUUAUAUAUCUACCUAUCCCUUUUUUCAAUCUCUUCCAUCCUCUCUCUCUCUCUCCCUCUCUCUCGCUCUCUCUCUCUCUCUCUAG